AUGCAGUUGGCAGAGGAGCUCAUUCGGACCAUCGAAGAGCAUCAUCGAGACUUGAUUGAUGAUCAAGAUCGGCUCAGGCCUUCAGAUUAUAUCGAUGACAACGACGUUUGGAGGAUCCUAAAUAAGAUCUAUACAAUUCAGACUAUUGAAGAUGUAUUUGAGAUACUCGGCUGCGAUAUCUUACCAGGAGGAGUUGAAAAAAUUUAUAAUUGUAUAUUUGAAUGGAAGUCGGGUAGUGUUGGUGUUCAAGCAAUGGCCGAAAUGCGUGCUCGAGAAGCAGCUACCAGAUUAAUACAGGCUGAUACACUUUCUAGACUUCAAAAACAACACGAACAAAGAGAGGCAAAGACUCUUGAAACACGUACUUUGAGGGAAAAUAAAAGAAAAAGGCAGAACAUAGAUCGGCUUGCGGAUACAGCUGUGAAACAAAAACGGAAAGAAGAUAAUGAUAAGCGUAAAGCCUCUGUAGCCAAGAUGAAGGCCAAUCAAGAAGUGCAACGCGCAGCCAAUGCUAGAAUGAUUGCGGGUUUGGCUGCUGGAAAAACAAUGGAAGAAGUCGAAGUUACAGAACAAAUGAUCAGCUCUCAGAAUUCUGAGAAAGAGAAUCAAACUGGCCCUUCAUUAAACAUAUGA